AUGACUGAAACGCUUCGGAAUAGCUAUGAGGAAGAUCUGGACGAGGAACACGAGCUGAGGGAGGCGGCGCGAUUGAUGGGACAAGGUGAAAAGGGUGGACAGAGGGAAGCAGCUGCUAUACCUGUGUCUGCGGGGCCUCAGAGAGUUGUGAUACCCGCUGUGAUCAUGAUUCCUGUCUGGAUCGGCUUGAGCGGUGGUGUCAUCCUGCUCAACAAAUACAUCUUCACCAACCUCAAUUUUCCCUACCCGGUCUUUAUGACAGCCUACCAUAUGCUUGUCGCUACUAUCGGCACCAGGAUACUGCAGAAGCUGCCUUUCGAGCGUCUGAAGGCCAAGCGGAUACAGAUGGACUGGACCCUAUGGUCAAGAACGAUCCUCCCGCUCAGUCUGCUCUUCUCCGCCUCGCUCAUUCUGAGCAACAUGGCCUAUGUCUACCUCAGCGUCAGCUUCGUGCAAAUGCUCAAGGCGUUCAUUCCAAUCUUCACGCUGAUUGUGCAACUAGCAGCUGGCAUUCAAGAGUACAACCACAUUCUCUUUGCUGUCGUAGUGGUCACUGCGUUUGGCUGUAUCAUCGCCGCGGCCGGCGAAAUCAAGUUUGCGUUCAUUGGCUUCGUCUGCCAGGUCGCAGCUGUCGUCGUCGAGUCCAUCCGCCUUGUCCUCGUACAGGUCAUCCUCAAAGACCACAAACUCGACCCGCUCAGUAGUAUCGCCAUGUAUGCUCCGGUCUGCCUCGGACUCAUCAGCAUCUGCCUGCCGUUCAUGGAGGGCGCUGCUCCGUUCCACAAUCUGCACCGCGUUGGCGCGCCCAUCUUGAUCGUGAACGGCAUGAUUGCGUUCUGUCUCAACGUCGCAGGCGUAUUCUUGAUCGACUCGGCGGGUAGUCUGGUUUUGACCUUGUCUGGUGUUGGAAAGGACGUACUGCUCAUCUGCUUGGCGUGGCUGAUGGGGUCCUCGAUCACCUUUGUUCAGACUAUCGGCUACUCAAUAGCCAUCUCGGGUCUGAUGACUUUCCGCCUCACAGGCGGGUCGCCCAAUACGCCAAACGGCCAGCGUCUUGUCCGCUUCGCCCAGUCUGUAGUCGCACUCCCUGUUACUGCGCUUCAAGCUGUCCUCCCCGCCUCGGCCCGCUCAGGCCCAAGAGGAACGGGCAGUCUGAGCUCGCGAUACUUGGCGCUUCUGGGCGCGAGUAUGGUCAUGCUUGUGCUUGGUAGCUUGUACUACCUCACCCAUCCCCACGUCGCACCCACAUUCCGAUUCCACUACGCACCGACUAUCGCAGAAGCGCCGAUCUCCCCAGAACCAGGAACGUGA